AGGAAUCAUUCUAACACCAAGAUGGAGGUUGAGAGCCAUAGAUGAAAAAGAAUAAACAUGAAGAACAGUGCCAUGACCCAGUGACCUCCUUCAGCUGAGGUAGAACAAAACAUGGGAGUCAACGCAUCUCUCCCAGAUCGUCCCCAGCCAGUAACAAGAUCUACCAUUGCUCAGCUUUAUCAGGGCAAUGGUGUUUAUGAUUCUGAAUUGGCAGUGCGGGAAAAGAAGAAAAAGGCCUCAAAAUUCACCACCUUGCGUAAGAAACUCAUCAGGAUUCGCAGGCAUAGCCGUUCUUUGGACUAUGCUAAAGCUCUCAGGGAAAUGAUUUCCUCAUGGCCAGCUCGCUAUGUCCAUGGGCUUGUGCAGCAGUAUGAAGCAUUAUUAGCUUUGAAAGAACUUGCAGUGGCUGCCAAUCUGUCUCGGCCAACAGCCCGCAGUCUGAGACAGGACUUAUCCACUCUGUAUGACUGCAAGCUUUGCACAGACAUAGACCUAUUAUAUAAAGGAACCUGUUUCCCAGCCCAUCGAGCUAUCCUCGCCUCUCGUAGUCCUUUUUUCCAGAGCCUUCUUUCUCACUAUCCGGAGUAUGGAGCACAGGUGCACGUCAAGCUUAAGACUCUGGGUGUUGAUCUCACCCUCUUUUCUACCCUUCUUCGCUACUUGUACACAGAUGAACUAAAUACAAGUGACCUGCAUCUAGAAAACAGUGAGAUUUUGGCACGACUUGCUACUGAGUUUGGUGUACCAAAUGCCUUGGAGCAUGAUCUGAAGGCAUUGUUAGAGAGUGGGGAGUAUAGUGAUGCUAUACUUGUGUUUGCCAGUGAAGAUCACUCAGACAAUAUGACAGUUAGUCAAGGGGAGAGCAGUUCUCAGGUAGUGUCUCGGGCAUCUAAGUGUGAAUUUCCUUGUCACAAAGCCAUUUUAGCAGCAAGAUCACCAUUCUUCAGAAACCUCAUUAUUCGACGUGCUAGAUCAGGAGAGGAAGCUACAGAGAGAGCGCUCAGAACUCCAUCUCGUAUUGUGUUAGAUGAAAAUGUAAUACCACGGCGAUAUGCUCGUGUAUUGUUGACGACUUUGUACCAGGAUGUGGUAGACAUGUCUAGCAUAAUGCGUGGUGCCACCAGCACAUGCAGUUUGAGUGAGAUUCAGGCCAUGGUGACUACGGGUCGAUGUCACUUGACAGUGGUGGACGAGGCUAUGGAAGUAUUCCAGAUUGGACAGUUCCUGGAUUUCCAGGUCCUCUCUCAAGGCUGUGAGGAUGUGAUUGUGGACAACCUGUGUCCAGACAAUGUGGUCAGCAUACUAAGCUGGGGGCAGCAGGCACAUGGCUCUCAGUGGGCAGCCCGACAAGCACAACAUUACCUGAGGGAAGAGUUCCUUCAAGUGGCCCACUCCAAUGUACUUUAUGACCUUUCCAAAGAAUACCUCAAGGAUGCCUUGGCUUCAGAUUUCUUACAGGCAGGAGAGUCAGAGGUCCUGACGGCAGUGUUAAAGUGGGGGGAGCAUCAGCUGGUGCGGCGCAUUGAAGAACGAGAGCCCAAUUUGCUGACACACACAGCUCACAGUGUAGCCAAGAAAGGAGUGAAAAAACGAGACCUAAAUGAUGUAGAGUUAAGGGAGAUAAUCUCUGAGCUGCUUCCUCUGAUUCGUCUGGAGCACAUUCUUCCCCUUAACAAUGAAGCCCUUGCAGGAGUAAUUAAACGAGGCCUCAUCAGCACUCCCCCCACCCACAUGCUUGGUGAUGAUUCUCCAGGUCACCGAAUCGGGGCAUGGGUUCCAUUGCAUAGCUGCGGCAUUUUUCAAAAACCACGCCUUUUCCUUCCUUACUAUGAAGAAGCCAAGGCAGUGCUGGAGGACGUGAUGUCAUCAUCACAAGAGCAGGAGACCUGCCGUGUGCGCAUGCUGCACAUCUCAGCCAUUCCAGACACCUUAUAUAUGGUGGAUGAGCAACACUGCUCAUCCGCACCCUAUGCAGUGUCACCUGUCUCCACGGUUGACAUCAUCGCCGGAACAAUACCUGUACCAGACAGGGGGACAUUUGCUUUAAUGAUCCAACGUGAGCAUGAGUUAGAGCAGUCAGCAGUAGCGCAGCGUGCUCUGCUGCUACCUACUAUGGACAGAAGGGCAGCCCGACAUCAACUGCAGUUGCGGGUGGUGCGGGAAGUGGGACUUCCUGAUACAGCCACUGAGGUUCUGCACAAUGCUCACUUUUACUAUCCCUCAGCCCUCCACUCUGGCAAUCGUCAUCACUUGCAUCACCUGACCCAUACUCACCUCAAUCUUCAUGGUCGUCGACAUCCGCUCUCCUCCUCGCACCUUCCACGGCCUUUCAGUCACCAUGGCUUAGACUGCAAGAAGAAUACAGCAGUUGAUGGUGUGGACAGUCUAGGCAACGCCAGCACCAGUGCCAGCACCAGUGCCUUGAAUGGUGCUCAUUCCUUACCUGCACCAAUGCAUCUGGAUUUGAUGAUACACAUGUCACCCUCUCACCACAGCAAGCAUAGUCCACCUUCACUGUCACCAUCAACCUCAUAUAGCCCACUAGAGACGGAGACUGGCAGUGACAGUAUACUAAGUGACAUCAUGCCUGAUAUUGCCAUGGCAACACCCUCAGCAGGUACUAUGUUGCAUCAAGAGGAGUUGCAGCUAGACAUUGGGGAUGAAGGAAGUCACACAAGUUAUGGCAGCCGUGGAAGUCACAGUAGUCGCACCAGCCGACAAAACACCCUGUACAUUUAAAGGAGUAACCCCAAGGGCUAACCCUUGAUGUACUGUGUACCUUAAGGAAGAGAAAUAUCUUGCUCCAAGUGACUUCACAAUUUUAUUGACUUACUUUGGUCCAGCGGUAUUCCAGUGGCCACACAGUGUGAAGUAAUGGAUGACUGUACAAAACUCAGUUAACGGCAACAUAAGUUAGUGAAAGUUUUGUAUAUGUGUGUGUGCGCACGCAUGUGUAUGUAUGCACACUUUUUUAAAUAGCUAAAAUGAACAAGCAACCUUCUAAGUAAAUGGACAGGAAAUACAAAUACAACUCAUUUGAUCUCUGAUCUCUUAGUGAGAAUACAUAAUUAUAAGAUUAUAAGUUCUCUCAGCAGCACUAGAUCAGGACAGUUCAAAGAUCAUUAAAACAUACCGAGAGUACUGUUUGUACUAAAUUCACCUAGAAGUUAUUUCUCCUCAGCACUGUCCCAAGCCAAGUAAACCAGUUGGUGUCAUUUAAAUCAGUCACUAGCAAAUCCCAUGCAAAAAAAUCAAUAGAAUUAAGGACAGAGACAUUUCAGAGUGACUUGUUAACUUUCAUUAAGAUUUUUAAAGCUAAUGAAAACAUUGUUUACUAGACAAAUACAAGAGCCAGGUCAUAUUAGAGCUGAAGCUCAUACAAAAAACUAAGAGAUUAGUAGGUGGCCUUGUAAUCAAAGUGUCGACAUCACUUUUGUAAGUGUUUAAGGCCAGUAACUGGGCAACAUGCUGAAGCAAAAAACCUCCAAGAUGCCCUGGAGUACCAUAGGCAGAUUUAUAGGAAAACAAGCUCAGAUUUAGCAUGUUGAUUAAAGUUUCAAUGUCAGGAGUGUUGGCGCAGGAAGUAGACUUCCAUGAGCUUACAACUUUCCCAGCUUGGCCAAACAUUUGAUGGCAUUUGCCAAGUUAAGAAGGACCUUAAGAAAUAGGUUGGAUAGGUGUGCAAGAAAAAAAAAGACUAUGACCAUUUUAUCUGGAAGAUAUAAUGCUAUAUGCUGCUUUGUGCACUUGGCCAAAUGAUGUUUAAAUUUAGUUCUGAAUCACUGAAGAAAUGUUAUUGUUGGUUAGUCUUCCUGGUGUAUUUAUUUAAUGUUGAUCAGAAAAUUGGCCAGAUAAAGCUACCAUCAGCUCGUGCACAUAGAGGUGACCAUAACCAGAGCAUUAAUGGUGCAUACAUUUUAUUAAGUAAUGGUUAGUUGCUGCACAUCAGCAGGCUUCUGAGCCCAGUAGUCUUAUCAAACUUGAUGUCAACUGCAGCUGAUAGGUGCGAUAACUUACUGUGUCAAGUGCAGCGGUUAUUAGACAAUAAUUACUUCUGAAUCCAGUAACUAGCAAAGACAGUUUUUGCUCUCCUUAAUUAACUAGCUGUUAGGUACCUAAGAAUGAUAAUUAUUGAUCUUCAGUGGGAGAAAACAAGGAUGUCAGUUGCUCUUAAGAAUUUUGUCAUCUUCUGUCACAUACAUAGGUCCCUGCAGCUGUUUGAGGUUGGCACUACAUUUUGUCACGCACGCAGAAAAUGCUUAUCUUGGCUACAAAAGUACCCUAACCAACCCUAUUUAACAGAAUAACUCUACAGCUUGCUGGAGCUGACUUCGGAGGUUCAAAAUAUUAUUUCUUUGGGCACAGUUAAUGGUGACCAUGUCAUAUAGGACUUCCUUGUCUUUGGAUUCUAGGGAUAAUGUGGGUAUUCGAGUUGGCUUAACCAAGACAGAUUCAUUCUGCAAAAUUGUGUCUGUUGACAGUAUGUGGUUAUUUCAGGCCAUAGUAAUAUCCUGUUGAAUAUACAGUGAGCACUACUAUGUGCUAUCCAUUCAUGAUUUUUCACAGUAAACUGCACAGGUAUAGUGUCAUUUGUUAAAAACAAGUCUUGCCAGGUAUCUGCUACUGACACCUUUCUCAUGGUAAAUACAAUUUAUGUCUCACCUGGCCACAGCUUUCAUGUCUUUAUGCUGCUGCAGCUUGCAGAUAUGCUGGUGUCUGCAACUGGUGCAAUUAAAGGUCAGUGUUAAUGGCAGUGACAGCAAAGAACAUGAACUCCUUCUGUUGCCUGUCUUUCAUCUGUCAUCUCCAUCUUCAUCGGAUGAUGCAAAAUGCAACUCUGUGAUGUGGAUUGCAAAAAAUAUAUUGUUCUGUUGUGUUGUGUCUCUUGCUGUAUAUCCUUUUGCAGCAUGCUGGACUGUCCAUUGGUUGAAUGCAUGUUGGUUUUGUGAUCCUGUGUUUGGAUGAUUUUGAUCUGUUGAUGUACCUGAACAUUAUGAGAAGGUGAUACUCUGAUUUAUGUUAGCUAUUGCUUUGUUGAUGUAGUACUUAAUGUCUUGCUGGAACAAAAUGUGAUUCAAGGUAUUGUUAAUGGGAAAACAUUUGUGUACUAUGUAGGUAUGUUGUUGUUUUGUUGGAUGUUUCUAUGACAGUGUUGUCAAGAAAAUUUUUGUUAUAUUUUUCACACUUUCUUUCCUAAAGGAUCCACUUGUAUGCACUCAAACUUUACAAGCAUAUUUACAACAUUCUGUUCAAAUUCUCCUGUGGGCUGAAAAAAUAUUCCCUCAUAUUUUAACUUUACAGUGAUUGUGUAACUAGAUUUUACACUAUUAAAUUUGUUACUGUUAAGCCAUGGGAAGCAUCUUGUGUAAUAACUAAUUGAAUGCUCAUCUCCAAAGCUCGUAGCUUCCUGCUACCCUUUUUGUUUUUUUUGUCUCCUUCCUUUCAACCCAUUCCUCCUUAUCUGUUGCUUUGUUAACACCACAGUUAUGUUAGCACUACAGUUAUGUUUAAUGCAACUGUUUGGUGACCGGAGAAGUAAGGUCUAAGAGACUGCAGUUAUCUGACUGCAGAUGUAAGGAAUAAGAGACUGCAGUUAUCUCACUGGGGAAGUAAGGUUUAAGAGAUAGCAGUUAAAGGGUUGGAUACCCAUUCAACAGCUGGGUCAACUGCAGGAAAUACGCUGUACCACACUGGUGUCAAACUAUACACCUGGGAUGCCAAUGUUCUAAUUAUUUGAUUACUUUAUUGCCCCUAAAUAGUGUGUACAUAUGAGCCAGAAUGGGUGUGCAAACAUGCAGCAUGUAUUGUCACUCUCAACUGGCUGUGCAUUUUAUCAGGUAUGUUGACAUACCUGUAUGUUGUGCAGUUAUCAGCCAGGUGCAUACAGUGGUUGCACUUAAUACAGUUUGUCAUCCAUCUGUGACUGUAUUCUCUACAGUUUAUCAGCUAAAGAUUUGAGAUGACUAUAAACUAUACAGCUGCAUGACCUGCUUGUGAAGUGUCACAUAAGCAUGUCCUACUAACCUACUUUUCUGCAGACAAUUCAGCUCAGUUGGCAAGUGGAAAGUGAGUGUGAAAUCUGCAGACAAAGAUUGCAGUACCAACCAACCAUACAAUUCAGUGAGGAAGUACUGAUGCAGUUGAUGUCCAUGUUGUAGCUCAGUUCUUUAGAGGAUUUGCACUGUUGAUCAAAUUUUAAUAUUGUAACUGUUGGCUUAAAUACUUCCUAAAAUGAAUGCACCAAAAUGAAUUGCUGUUUGGCUAAUCUACCGUCCAUGCCCAUCUUUUUCAUCAUGUUUGCAACAGCUGCAGACGUACUAUUUUGUUACAAUUUCUCGUGUAUAGGCCAUGCAUUUAUUCAUUAUUGAAAUAGAAAUCAGGGUUAGCCCUUUCAUGACUCUUCGCUGCACAUUUACUAAUGUUUUUCUUUGUUAAGAAAAAAGCUUCAGGCUAUGCAUCAUAUAGGUAAAGGUAACCCAUUUUUGUGGAACUUCUUUAUCCAUGUGAAAGUUUAAAAACUAAGAGCACCAGAAGAUAAAUUGGAGAGAAACUACAGUCGUUUUAAAUGCUAUAUACAAAUAGUGUUUGUGAAAAGACUGCAGUAGGGGUUUUUUUAAUUGUUAACUGCAAAUAGUGUUUAUAAAGAUGUCUGUAUGGCUGGACCUGACCUUGCACAUCAUUACCCCUAGCAUUUUUAUCACAUCUUGUGUUGGUCACCUUACCAUAAUUUCACCAUGUACUGUAUUAUUGUCCUUAAAUUACUGUCCAUAUUAGUGUACACUGUGUUUCUCAAGUUGCCAAUGCUUCUAUCACCCUGUUAAUGCUUGUUAUCAAUAUAUUUCCAUGAUCAGAAAAAAUAAGAUUAAAAGUAAUUUUCAAGCAACAUCCUUUGAACUUGAUGGAAUACUGAUUAGUUAGAAGUCUUGAUUCUUUUUAUAUUAUGUACCAAGUGUUUCUCUUGAUUUUAGGACAGAAAAGGUGUUGCAUGGAAGUUAAUGUUUUCAGUGGCAUACAUAUGCUGUGGUGUACUCUUGAGUCAUACAUAUACCAUAGUGUGCUCUUAAGUCAUGGGCAUGAUUCCCUCUUGAUGCACAGUCCUGAACUAGGCCUCUGUCAACUUGUUGCUAUGAUGACAUUUUCAUUAUUUCAACUUAUUCCUGGCCACCAGAUGGUUGUAGGGAUCAUGUGAUCACAGUGAUCUGGGAAAGACUGUGUGACUGGAUAAUUGAUGUUGCUGCAAGGGAAGUGCUGUUAAUCUUAGAUGAGGCAACAUAAGAUUGUGAUCGGAAGAUGAAUUAAAAGGGAGUUUGCCAAACAUUUAAAAUGGUUUUGACUCGUAAGUGGGGUAGAAGAGAGCAAGCAGCACCAAAAUAUUUUCUGAGUUGCAAGUCCUUGAUUUUGAACCUGAUAUCAGUUUUGAUUACCUGGGGCUGUGCUUCAUUAUCUUUGUGCUUCUUACGCUACCACACAUUAGGGGUGGGUAUGUAUUAUGGUCUGAUUUUGUUCACGUGAUCACUAGGUCAGAAUUCUCACAUUUAUUACUUCAAUAUAUGCCUGGUGUAGAGAGAUUCCAGUAACAGUGCUUGUAGCAAUUCAGUAAUAGUGUUUGUAGCACUGCAGUACCAGAGGUGAGCAGGUCAUUAUAAUGGAAGUUUCUAGUUCAUUAUAGUGCAACUGAGACAUAACAGCAUCCUAAAAGCUAUGAUACAUGCAACCACAGUUGUGAACGUUUUUACAGAAUACAGGUGGUAGGCAGAGAAAUAUGAAUUAUGAAAUAUUAUAAAAGAGUCUCUCAUAUCUUUAUCAGGGUAUAUCAUAAUAUUGUAUGUUUCUCAGUAUUUGUAAACUAUGGUAACAAGAAGAAAGUGUGGCAUUACAUAUUGCUGUUGAUACCACAGAGUUUCUGUGCUACCCUCCCAGCUGGCAACAGGCGUGGCCCACCUCAGUGAUGACAUAGCAGGUGGAGGGUGGCCCACUGUAGUGACAACAUAGGAAUGAAUUGUGGUGUGGCCCACUGCAGUAAUGGCAUAAGAGUGGGGAGAGGUGUGACCCAUACCAGUGAUGCAAUGCUGGAGCUAUAACAUUAGCCUACUGAUGACGCUUUGCACAGCAGCAUUAACUGAAAUGGAUUUGAGCAGAUUCUUGCAAGGUCAUGUGCAGUCAUCAGUGCUAAUAUACUAAAAUGAUGGCUGUGGAUGCAUUUGGAAAUGAGCUGAAGAUCAGACAUACAUUUAAUUGGCAAGACAUGGUGAGUAGGUUUGUGAACAGGAGUUACCAGCCAACAGUUAGCAGACAAGAACAGUCCUGGUUAUUUUUUUCAACAGCUGUGUGUGGAUGUGCAUGAAUGUGUUUUGUGUGUUGUUUUUCUUACCUGCAGUGAGCUUAUGAGUUGCUGACUGAUGUAAGGCAUGGCCUUUACUUGAGCCUAACAUUUUUCUUUGGUCUACUUAAUAUGUUAUAAAACCUGAUUAUUAUUAUUAAUGUUAUCAUUUGUACUGAGGUUGAUCAACUUCACCAACAGCUGUCUAUGGCUGUUUUCCUUUCUUCUCUGCAUGUUUUUGUCCAAGUGCUGAGCACAGCGCCACCUGGUGAUGAGCAUCAGAUCAAAUGCAAAAUCUGUAAUGGAGAAGCCCUGUUACUGCGCAGCUUAUGAAUAUUUCUUUGUGUAUGAAUUGUACAGCCAUGUUAUGCUAUUCAAAGUCUUAUCAAUGAUUUGCUGAUAUUGCCUCUUUCCUUGUGUUUUCUUUUCCUCUCUAUUCACUCAUGCAUUACAUGUACACAUUCUUUUACAUCUGCGUUUGCACAUAAGGCUUAUGAGUACUGACGAUACAUUAUGCAUUAUUGGUAGUGAUACAAUAUGAUUAUGCUUUGACACUUUGGGCACUGUAAAAGAUUGAAGAUUAAUUGGCUGACUAGACUGAGACUGAUGAGUACAUGGAGGGUGUGAAUGAUUCAUUUCUUCCUGUGUAAUGAUGUGAAUGAUUCAUUUCACCCUGUGUAAUGAGAUGAAUGUUACAUGUGUUAUGCUGGCCAAGUGCACUUGUGAUAGCCUUCAAGUACUUACUGCAGACUACAAGUAAAUUGUCAGUAAAGGUAUUCAGUGA